UGCUGCGUUCUAGCGCCAAGAUUUCAAUAAAAAGGGCGAGCGGACAACAGAAUCCGCUUCAGUCUCUGCUCUUCGUCUGUGUUUGCUGUGCUUCUUAGUGUAGAUUUCCUCUCUUUGUUUUACGCCAACUUUUAAUUUAAGUUAACUUAUAUUUUUAUUUUUCUGUCCGUGUGAACUCCAGGGUAUAAAAAUGCUUUCUGCUCGCUCUCCUCUCUCCGUGAAGAAUGAAAACUCAGUCAGCAGUAAGAUGGACAACAUGUCUCUGAACAAAGAAAACACGCCACCGAGCCUGAACACGACCCGCAUUUUGGCGUCUAAAACCGCGCGAAAAAUCUUCGACGACGCUGCGCCCAAAGCUGUGAAGAAGAGCAGCGAGGAAGAGGAGGAGCCGCUGCUGAAGGAAAACCCUCGUCGCUUCGUCAUCUUCCCCAUCCAGUACCACGACAUCUGGCAGAUGUACAAGAAGGCUGAGGCCUCUUUCUGGACCGCAGAGGAGGUGGAUCUGUCGAAGGACGGCCAGCACUGGGAGUCUCUGAAGGACGAGGAGCGCUACUUCAUCUCUCACGUGUUGGCGUUCUUCGCCGCCAGCGACGGCAUCGUCAACGAGAACCUGGUGGAGCGCUUCACACAGGAAGUGCAGGUGACGGAGGCGAGGUGUUUCUAUGGUUUCCAGAUCGCCAUGGAGAACAUCCACUCAGAGAUGUACAGCCUGCUCAUCAACACCUACAUCAAGAAGCCAGCAGAGAGAGAAUACCUGUUCAACGCCAUCGAGACGCUGCCCUGUGUGAAGAAGAAGGCCGACUGGGCCAUCAACUGGAUCGGCAACAAGAACGCCGGAUUUGGAGAGCGAGUGGUCGCCUUCGCCGCCGUGGAGGGAAUCUUCUUCUCCGGUUCCUUCGCCGCCAUCUUCUGGCUGAAGAAGAGAGGCCUGAUGCCCGGCCUGACCUUCUCCAACGAGCUCAUCAGCAGAGACGAGGGCCUCCACUGUGACUUUGCCUGUCUGAUGUUCAAACACCUGGUGAAGAAACCGUCGGCAGCGACGGUCGGCGAGAUCAUCAGGAACGCCGUGGAGAUCGAGCAGGAGUUCCUGACCGAGGCUCUGCCGGUGAAGCUGAUUGGGAUGAACUGUGAGCUGAUGAAGCAGUACAUUGAGUUUGUAGCCGACAGACUGAUGCUGGAGCUCGGCUUCACCAAGAUCUACCGGGUGGAGAACCCCUUUGACUUCAUGGAGAACAUCUCUCUGGAGGGGAAGACCAACUUCUUUGAGAAGCGAGUGGGCGAGUACCAGAGGAUGGGCGUGAUGUCAGGCUCCACCGACAACACCUUCAGGCUGGACGCAGACUUCUGAGACCGAGGACUCAGUCAACCAAUAGUGUUAACUCUGGUGUCUACAUGUUGCCCAGUGCAUGCUGGGUAGUCGUAUCCAACCCUGGCGUAUAUGUACCUCACCCAGUGCAUGCUGGGAAAGUCUUCAGCACAGAUGUAUAGCAGAUGAAUACAGACUCUGGUCCAGAACCGUUGUUGUCGGAGGUCCAUCAGGAUGAAAUGACUUCAUAAACACAUGGAGCUGAUUUGUUUUUUUUGUAAAUUUAUUUUAUCGAUUUUGUAAUCAAAUGUAAAUAAAUAUUUGACUUUUUUUAGAGUUGUGUUUUAGGGGAUUUUGUAAAAUAUGUAUAUUAAGUUUAUUAUUUUUAGUGAUUCUUGUAAUAAAAGUUUGUAUAAAC